AUGUCCUUUAAUGCACAAUUUAAUCCGGAUAUGUUCCUUGAACCCCAGUACCACCAACCUCUUCUGAGUGGGCUGUCUGAUCACACGCAAUCUCAGCGUUCUUCCAUUGGAAGUCAAGGUUCAUCAGAGUUGGCCACCUUGGAUUAUUUACCUUUGUCCGACUACAUGCUAGCAUCGCCAUCUCAAAAUCUCUACCCAACCCAGCCUACUCAGUCUAAUUGGGAACCUUCAACUUCCGACAAUCUCUUGAACACCGAGGCUUGGACCAAUUCCUUCAACUUGAUUGGCUUCAAUCCAUCGGACCUUAUGGAAAGCACUUUUCAGGAUUUAAACAAUCCUGUUGGACCUCUAGAGGUUGAGCAUCAUCAACUUCCGUCAGUCGAAGAUUAUUCGAAUACUGUGUCAUUGCCAACCGAACAAGUAAAAGAAAGCCCGGCCCCUACGAGUGUGAAACGGAAAAGGUCUGCGAGCUACGAAAGCGCCGACGAGAGAUCGCCAAACUCGCCAAAUGCUGCCAAGAUAUUCGCAUGCGUACUAGAUGCUGAAUGUUUUGAGAAAUUCAGUCGUGUCGAACACCUGGCUCGACAUGAGAGGAAGCAUACAAAGGAGAAACCAUUUGAAUGCCAUUGCCUCAAGGCAUUCACUCGCUUAGACAAUUGGAGGCAACACAAGAACACUGUCCAUAAACAUCUUGUUGUGGAAAAUGCCAAGACUGAAAAAAGUCUAGUAGAGGUUCAAAAAGAAUUGAGAAGGAUGAACAAGUUGAGAAAAGCAACGAUAAUGGCUGCAACCAAACAAGCGAAACUGGAUGCCAUGAAGCAAGCUGAACGCGAACACGAAUGUCAACCCAAAGCUAAGAAGCCUUCUCUGGCACCUCUAGUCUUCAGCGGUCCAUCAACAGAACGGGUUCAGGAAAAGUCUCCUGUUACAAUCCAAUCAACUCCUUUGGUACCAUCGGCUGUCGGAGGAAACCAAUCGUCAACGUUAAACAAUUCGAAUACCACUACUGAUUACUCUAGUAUCUUUACCGGUUCAACGAUGCCAUCUUCCGACGUUGGUUUCAGGAAUUCAGACUUUACACCUCAUCACGCCAACUCUUCUUCUCUAAGUGACUUUUCGACUAGUCCAUUCACAACUCCAAUGGACAUAAGUCGUGUGAUUCCAUUUGGGGAUAUGUCACAAUCUCUUUCACAUUCUGCUCCUCCGUUUACCAAUUUCCAAACUUUAUUAGAACCCUUCAGUUUCUUCUCCAAUUCACCAGACCCUACUUCUUUUCCUCCUUUAGUUCAACCUUUUCUAUCUCAAAGUUCUAUGAUGCCUUUGACCGGAGAUGAGCUGCCUAAUGUAGCUUACCAAUCAACUUCAAACUCUGGACUUUUGAAUCAAUUUCAGCUUGUGGAAUAUAAUUAUCCUUAUGAUACAAUAAACUUGAAUACUCCACUUUAUCCUUCAUCUUUAUCAUCUUUUCCUAGUUUACCUGUAAGUUAUUUAAAUCAAGGAUCUAAUUUGUAA